CUCAGUCUUAAAGCUGGCAUUGAUCAGAGUGGAAGUGCAUUCUUUCACAAUACCAGUUGUUCCCCAGGACAUCUGCAAGAUUUACUGUGAUCCGAUCACCACACCAACAUUUUAUUACCAGCCAAUGUAGCUACUGUACAAUGUUUGGAUCUUAGGAUACUUUUUUUUAUAAAACUGACAUUUAAAGGUCAAGAAAGUCUGGCUUUGGAUUCAUAUCAGAGGAUUUAUUUCAUAUAGUGCAGACCUCACAAUUUUAAUAUGAUGAUGGAACAAAGAGAGUACAACCUGGAUCAGGAACUAAUUGGUCAUCUAGAACGUGUCCACUUCAACCGUCAGCAAGACUUUCAACAAUCACACUGUUGGGAAGAGCUGAGUGGAGAGAGAUUCAGCAAUGCACAGAAGGAUUUUGGUUCUGUAAAUGGAGCAGAUGUUAGAAACAAAGGACCUUCACCUUGUAAUAGCCAAGCAAGUCUGGGUUACCAUAGCUUACCUAGUUCACAGUGUGGUAGUCGUCCCAGUUCAAAUCCCGAUUAUAUCAUUGAUUAUGAUCAAUCCGCAAUGUAUCUGGACUCCCCAUUGGCCGAUUCCAUGGACUCUUGCUGGAGACAUAAUUCUUCUGGCCAAUCAAUGGACAUAUCUAUAAAAGGAAUGAAUCAAGGACAGAAUGAUUGUAAAGCAUCAAUCAGGAAAUGUAUUGACAUAGAAUGGAGACAAUGGUGUCAGCAACAACAGCAGAAUCUGAAACAGAAAGAAUUGUCACACACUCCUCAUGGUUACCAUAGCAAUGGCAUACAAAAGUUGUCUGGCAAGUAUCCAAAAAGGACUAGCACAGUGCGUAAUAAUCAGCUUGUAGAACGACAUCAGCAUGUGCAAACACUUCAACAGAAUGACCACAUGCAUCAUUGUGGUUACAAAAAUGAUGCCAGCCAACAAUCUUCUGGACGGUGGAUUCCAAAUUCGCAGAAUCAUUGGCGAUCAAGCUCAUCUAAUUGCACGUCACAUCACCGUCAAUACUACGAUGAGCCUCACAGACAGAUACAGAUGCUUUCAAAAUCGUUGAAUACUUGUAGUCAAUUCAGGACAACCUUACCCACAGAGGAUCCAAUCUAUGAAGAAAUUGUUGAGCAAGACAUCAAUCGGUCAAAUGAUACUGUUUGCGAAGAAACGCACGGUCCAAACUUACCCCCACGGCCAAAAAGUUGGACGAGCAUGGUCAACCUCCACCAAAGUAGGAAAGCACCUGUAUAUUAUCAGAUUGAGCAGCCAUCCACUUCACACCAGAACCACAAUAGCUGUUCUAAAGUACAAUCUGUACGAACAAAGACAGACUUGUCUACUAGUAAUACCUGCCGGGGUGUGUGUGCAAACAUGAGUUAUGCCACACCAGCCGAUCAUUACAACAUAGAUGAUGUUAGCUCAAUUAAUCUUCCAUAUUUCCCGCAUAUACACAGACUUUUCCAAGAUGAUUCCGAAUUCUCAGACAAUAACAGUGACUGCCGUGAAAAGGACAGUAAAACAAAUGAAAAGAAGUCUGGAAAAAGACUUGAAAAGUUUUUUGGCUCACUCUUGAAUUUAAAUAAAAGUAAGGCAGUGAAAAAUAUGGGAACAAGUACAGAUGAAAAAACAAAAGAUGAAAACAAUUUGGAAAGACAUAGGAAACUAAGGAGGACUGUAUCAGAAUCUUGUAACAUUUACUCAAAAGGAAAAGGAAAUUCUUUUACAUAUGAAGAUGACAUGUGCAAUUUAUUAAAAGAAAUCAAAUUCAACAUGAAAGAAAUUGAUCACAAUUCAAAAAAGCUACAUCAAAACAUUGGCAAAGAUCGAAAAGUUAAAAAAUCUGAUAUGAGAACUGAAAAAGGUGGAGAACGAAGGAGUUCAAGACGAGAGAAGAAAACUGAAAUAAAAACAGAACAUGGAGAAGGAAAACAUGAAAGAAGACGCAGCCAUGGCAAUGCAAGGCAUCAACCUGCAUCAACUCCAUUACCACAUAAUGAGCUGAGGAAUUCAUCAUUAGGCUUAGAAUCAGCUGGUGUAGCCCACAGCGUAAAUCAUCAUGCUAUAAAGAUGGUUGUAAAUGACAACCAUCCAGCCGAAAGCUACUCAAAUCAAUCAAUAGGCAGCACACAUCAUCGUAAAAGUAGUCACAGGCCAGCCAUGGGGGUGCAGGCUUUACUUACCAGAGCCAGUAAUUACAGUCUAGAAUCAAAUCCUAAUAAAUCUAAUGGCAACUUGGAAAAUAAUAAAGACAUUGUUGAUACUUUUGAACGGAGAUUAUCACAUGAGAGGACGGGUAGUCGAAUGAGCUUUGUGUACGACUAUAGCGAAGGUUCCAAUUCCGAAGAAUCGGAAACGGAAGUGGUUGGUACCUCUGGUUAUGCGAGUGAAGCAUAUGCACAGGGUCUUGCAAGUGGGGAGGACAAUGAGAACUGGAAAGAAGGUGAUCAGAUUUAUGGGGUUGCCCUUGCUAAACCAUUAUUUAGAAAUAAUGUAGUAGCUACUGCUAAACGAAGAAAGCUAAUUGAAAAAGUCACUGAAUUGUAACAAAGUUUUCAGAAAUAAUAAAUGUUUUCUCUACAUUUGUAAUAUCAUAUUUAACAUCUAAAAAAAUAUCAUUACCUUAAUACUUUGAAAUUACAGUACGGUAUUUUACAAUUAAAAUUUUUAAUCAAUUUUUAACAAAAGAAUUUUUGAAACAUAAAUUAAAAUAUUUUAAAAGCUGCAUUAAAAACGAUUUCUUUAAGCCAUGAACCCCGCCUUAAUGAGGUCAAUAUUUAUAGCAGCCUGUAAAAAAUGUGGCUGGUUGGAAACUAUUCUAUUUUUUAGAAAUCAUAAAUACUGUAAUGUCUUUCAAUUUGGAAAAUAUAAGGUUAUUGAAAAAAAAAAUUCAUAAACAAAAUGUGAGUGAAGAAACAGUGCAUUUGUUAUAUGAUUCAUCCUCGUGAUGCUUAAAUAAAUUAACAUUAAAGCAGAUUAAUAUUAAUGUUGAAAGGGAGUAACUUACAGACUAACAUUUAUAUUUAGUAAGUUUUUAUCCACAAAAUUUCUUUCUUUCCUAGAAUACAUGAUAUUCAAUCUCAAUAAUUUUUAAUACAACAGUAGAAUGAGGAUCUCAAAUUUUUACAUUGAAUACACAGGAAAUGGAGAUUUACUAACGCCCACUACAAAAAAAUAUUAGUUUAUCACCCUAUCUAGACUAGAAGUGAUGAGGGAAAGAAGCUUUUAAUUUUAAUUUUUUAUUUUGCUAAAGACAAAUCACCCUAGGGUUAUUUGCUGGUGCAUUGAUAUUUAAAGUAAAAUACAUGAUUGAGAUAAUACAAACAAUAUCUACUAUUUAAUAAAAAAAUAUGAAAAAAAACCCCCCCAAAUUAAAAAAAAAUUUUUUCACCAAAACGUUCUUUUUUUUCAAUACCAUCUUAUAUUUAUUACUGUAGAAGACAUGGUGAUAGGUGAUAAACUAAUAUUUUUUUUUAUUGUGCCUAAUAAAUAAGCAACUGUCGCCAGGUAAGGCAGUACAAAAAACCAAAAAAACAUAAACAUGCCAUACCUUCUUAAAGACAUUGUCUGAGGUAAAAUUUUUAAAACACCUCAUAAAUUCAAUUAAAAUAGAAUUUCUCAACAAAAAUAAGCAGUAAUUACGAAUGACCUUUAUUAGGUCAUCUUCAGGAAUUAGAAAACAUUGAAUAGUGAUUUCAAAAAAUGCUAAUCACUGCCAAUGUAUUCUCAUUCCUGAAGACGACCCAAUAAAGACCGAAACAAUGGCCUUCCUCUCAUUAUUCGGAGUAACGUUAGUUCUAUAUUUAAACAUCAAUCAGUGCAUCUGUUUGUUACUGAACUUAGCAGCUUCAAAUAAGAUACAUAAUAAUAAAGUAAUAUAUUAUUUAAGAAUUUUGGUGAGGGAAAUAUUUUGUAUUUAAAGAGUAUAUUAAGACACUGGCACGAGGCCUAAGUACCUGGGAACAAAUAAUACGUUGGAAUUAUAUUUUAUCUUCUGUUCCCAGAUACCAAGGAAUGAAUGGUAAAAUAUAAUGUUAAGUAGAACAAUCAUACUAACUACUGUACUGUACCUGCACUAAGAAUUUAUUAAUCAAAAUUCAGUUAUAAAAUGUAAUGAUCAAAUUCCAACAAAGUAUACCGACAAUGAAAUUGCAUUCAGUAAGAAAUAAUGCUGAUGAUGUUAACAAAUGAUCAUAAGAUGGACAAAGAAAAAUUGAUAGCACCAUACCGGGAAUGAUGUACAGAACCAUCUCCAUUGUGAAAGAAUUAAAUUUACUUGUUAUUAUGGCUGCAAAAAUAAUUGUGUUUUCUAAUACACUUAGAUAAUGGAAUGAUCCUUUAAAAAUGGGUCAUGGAUGUGUUCUACAAAAACAUAGUAUGAACAAUAUGAGUAGUAUUAGAAAUGAAUUUAAAGAAAUUAGAUAUGAUUGUUGCAAGAUGAAAAUUAUGAAGAUAUUAAAAAAUUUUUCUACAAGGCCAAAUAAAAAACAUGGUACUUUUUACUGUUUGCAUCCAAUUUUUUGGGUAUUUUUUAUAAAAUUUACACAAGGCAAAACACAUGAAAAAACGACAAAAAUGCAAAAAUCCUCAUUUAGCAAUUAUUAUACCUGUGUUCUACAGUAGGCCUUGGUUAAGCCUAGAUAUGGCAGUAUUGUGGUCACUGUUAUACAAAAUAAAGCAUACACGCUUCAUCCUCCUAUUUAAAAAAAAAUCCUGAUGAGAAACAUGAUAUAUUUUUAUCUGGCCUAUUAAUAUUAUUUAUUCAGGCAAAUGAAAAUAUUUCCAAGGCAAAAUGAAGGAAAUAUAGCUUACAGUAUCUGAAUUAAUAAUGCAAUUUAAAUGAUCUGAUAAAGCAUAUGGAUUAACUUGUAUUAUAAGCGACAUAUUAACAGAUCAACAAGGAUUAUUCUAACAACUUGUUGGAUUAAGCUCAUUUUUAGAAUAAAUUUAAAUGCUUGUUGGAUGAAGUGCAUUUAUACAAUAGUUUUUUAAGUAGAGAAACUUAUUUCACCAGUGCUAUUUUGUACAAAAUGUAAAAUAUAAAAUGUUGUAAAAUGUAAAGCUGAUAUCUUAAGUCAUUAUCUGUGUCAAUGUCUGUUAAUUUUUAUCUUAGAACUAAGAUUUUGAAUAUGAUGCCACCAGUUAAUAUUGUUGUUAAUUUAACAAUCUUAUUACAGUACAUCUAAUAAACUAUAUCUAAAAUAGA